ACAGACGCAACCACCACCAAGUCGGUCCUUGUAGACUCCCUCUCUCUGUCUCUCUCUAACACACACACAUUUAAUUGAAGUCCUCCACCAGCAGUUGCACUGGCACCCGCACUUGGAAGUGGGAAUACAGGUCUUCCCUCCAUAAAACGCAUCCUCUGUCUCUGUCUGUCUGUCUGUCUGUCUCUCUCUUUCGUGAAAAGAGUGAACUGGGUUACAUUUCCUGGGUUUUUUUUUUCUGUGAACCUGUCACCUACUGUUGUGGGUUUCUCAAAUUCUCUUUUAUAGUUCAGUUAUAUGUGUGCCAGCAAUGGCUUUCUGUACAUUUGCUUUACCUGGGAAGUUAAACCGGGCAGUGGCUUCAGACCUCCACAAUGUGUUCUGGGGAACAGAUGUGAAGGCUCAAUCUCAACACAAGCCCAAUAAGGUCAGGAAAAGAACACUAGGUGUUUGUGCAUCAUUGUCAGAGAGAGGGGAGUAUGAAUCUCAGAGACCACCUACACCCCUUUUGGAUACUAUCAACUAUCCAAUUCACAUGAAAAACCUCUCCAUUAAGGAACUGAAACAACUUGCAGAUGAGGUACGUUCCGAUGUAAUAUUUAAUGUUUCCAAGACUGGGGGUCACCUUGGUUCAAGCCUCGGCGUUGUUGAGCUUACUGUGGCUCUUCACUCUGUUUUCAAUGCUCCUCAAGAUAGAAUACUUUGGGAUGUUGGUCAUCAGGCUUACCCACACAAAAUUUUGACCGGGAGAAGAGACAAGAUGCAUACAAUGAGACAGACAAAUGGAUUGUCUGGUUUCACCAAGCGCUCAGAAAGCGAGUAUGAUUGCUUUGGUACUGGUCACAGUUCUACCACUAUCUCAGCAGGCUUAGGGAUGGCUGUGGGAAGAGAUUUAAAGGGAAGAAAGAACAAAGUAGUUGCUGUUAUAGGUGAUGGUGCCAUGACAGCAGGUCAGGCUUAUGAAGCCAUGAACAAUGCUGGGUACUUGGACUCUGAUAUGAUUGUUAUUCUUAAUGAUAACAAACAGGUCUCCUUGCCCACUGCUAAUCUGGACGGUCCCAUACCACCUGUAGGAGCUUUGAGCAGUGCUCUAAGUAGGUUGCAGUCAAACAGGCCUCUCAGAGAAUUAAGAGAAGUUGCCAAGGGAGUUACCAAGCAGAUUGGUGGGCCUAUGCAUGAACUUGCAGCAAAAGUAGAUGAAUAUGCUCGUGGGUUGAUCAGUGGCUCUGGAUCUACACUGUUUGAAGAACUUGGACUUUAUUAUAUUGGUCCUGUGGAUGGUCACAGCAUAGAUGAUCUUGUUGCCAUUCUCAGAGAAGUUAAGAGUACUAAAACAACGGGUCCAGUGCUGAUCCAUGUUGUCACUGAGAAAGGCAGAGGAUACCCGUAUGCUGAGAAAGCUGCAGACAAGUAUCACGGAGUGGCCAAGUUUGAUCCGGCAACUGGAAAGCAAUUCAAAGCCAGUGCUAAAACCCAGUCUUACACAACAUACUUUGCAGAAGCUUUGAUAGCAGAAGCAGAAGCAGACAAAGACAUUGUUGCAAUCCAUGCAGCAAUGGGAGGUGGAACAGGGUUGAAUCUUUUCCUUCGCCGCUUCCCAACACGGUGCUUUGAUGUUGGGAUAGCAGAACAGCACGCUGUAACUUUUGCUGCAGGAUUGGCCUGUGAAGGCCUUAAACCUUUUUGUGCAAUCUACUCUUCUUUCAUGCAAAGGGCUUAUGACCAGGUAGUGCAUGAUGUGGAUUUGCAGAAGCUACCUGUGAGAUUUGCAAUGGACAGAGCUGGACUGGUUGGAGCAGAUGGCCCAACGCAUUGUGGUGCUUUUGAUGUCACCUAUAUGGCGUGCCUCCCAAACAUGGUAGUGAUGGCUCCUUCUGAUGAAGCUGAACUUUUUAACAUGGUUGCAACUGCUGCUGCCAUAGAUGACAGACCUAGCUGUUUCAGGUAUCCGAGAGGAAAUGGGGUGGGUGUAGAACUGCCACAAGGGAACAAAGGCAUUCCUCUUGAGGUUGGAAAAGGCCGAAUACUGAUUGAAGGGGAGAGAAUAGCACUUUUGGGCUAUGGAACAGCAAUUCAGAGCUGUUUGGCUGCAGCUAAUUUAGUAGAAACCCAUGGGUUACGGUUAACAGUUGCAGAUGCACGUUUCUGCAAACCAUUGGAUCGUACUCUUAUUCGCAACUUGGCAAAAUCACAUGAGGUCUUAAUCACGGUGGAAGAAGGAUCGAUUGGUGGUUUUGGAUCUCAUGUUGCUCAGUUCAUGGCCCUAGAUGGGCUUCUUGAUGGGAAAAUGAAGUGGAGACCGCUGGUUCUUCCUGAUCGAUACAUUGACCAUGGAUCCCCAGCUGACCAACUUGCCCAAGCCGGUCUCACACCAUCUCAUAUAGCAGCAACAGUAUUCAAUAUACUUGGACAAACAAGAGAGGCUCUGGAGAUCAUGUCUUAGACCUGUUUGAAGUUUGUGUUUCUCUCAACAUUCUACUGUUCAUAUCCUAAUAUCAUUAUUGUAAAAUGCAGUCGCAGCAUCAAUACAGACUAAGGCUUAAAAGACUCAGAACCUCAUGUUGCUUACAAAUAUGCAAAGAUUGAUAUAAAAUCUUUCCUCUUGGAACCAUUGUAUGAUUUAUUGUAUGUUAAGGUUUAACUUUUUUUGUCAA